AUGUGUCAAGUUGCUACUGAUAUGAAGAAGGUUCUAGCGAGAAAGCAUGAAAAGUUUUUUGAAAGACAUUUGCAGUUGCUCCCCUCCUCACAUCAGGGACAUGAUGUGAACAGAAUGGCGAUAGUAUUCUACUCCAUGGUAGGUCUCUCAAUACUUGAUGUUGACGUACCCGCAAAGUACAACUAUCAUCUUGACUGGAUACGCAAACAUUAUAUUAAAAAAACCCUGGACGACAAAAACAGUACCGUAAUAUCAGGAUUUGUUGGAAGUUUAGUUAUGGAUAUUCCUCAUGCAACGACGGUCAAUAUAGCCAAUACACUUUUUGCUUUGUUAUCUUUGAUCAUGUUGAAAGACUACGAAUAUUUUGAGAGUAUACUAGACAGAGAGAGUCUUUCAAGGUUUGUUUCCAGGUGCCAGUUACCUACUCGUGGGUCAUUUGUAUCUUGUUUAGACUAUAACACAAACUCUGCAUCUCCUGUUGAUUCAGACGAUUUAAGAUUUUGCUAUAUUGCGGUUGCCAUUUUAUACAUAUGUGGAUGUAGAUCCACAGAAGAAUUUGACAGAUACAUCGAUACAAGGAAAUUAAUUGAAUAUAUAAUGGCGCAACGAUGUUGUGGCGGGGCUUUUGGUGCCCACAACGAACCACAUGCAGGGUACACUUCUUGUGCGCUAUCUACAUUAGCAUUAUUAUCUAGUCUCGCAGAGCUAUCCGAUAAAUUCAGAGAAGACACCAUAACGUGGCUAUUACAUAGACAGGUAUCAUGUCACGGGUGCAUGCAGCUUGAGGAUGAUUCGAAUACUACGUACGAUCAAUCUGAUGAUGGCGGCUUUCAAGGAAGGGAAAACAAGUAUGCUGAUACAUGUUACGCAUUCUGGUGCUUAAAUUCUUUACAAUUACUUACAAAGGAUUGGAAAUUGCUAUGUCAAACAGAGCGAACGAAAAAUUACUUGCUUGAUCGGACGCAAAAUACAUUAACUGGAGGCUUUAGCAAAAAUGACGAGGAUGAUGCUGAUUUGUACCACAGCUGCUUGGGUAACGCUGCAUUAGCACUGAUCGAGGGUAAAUUUAAUGGAGAGUUAUGCAUACCUCAAGAAACAUUUGAUGAUUUCUGCAAGACGUGCCACUGCUAA